CUCUGUCCUGCUGGACACUUUUGCAGCGGGUUUGGAAGACCUGCUCCAGAAGGACCGUGCUCUGCUGGUUUCUACUGCCCACCAGGCCAGACCUCAGCCAUUCCCGCAUCCUACCGCUGCCCCCAAGACUACUACUGCCCUGCAGGAUCUGCCAUGCCCGUGCCGUGUGAGAGGGGAACCUACCAGCCCCAGGAAGGGAAAGACUCGUGUGAUCUCUGCCCAGCAGGACUCUUCUGUGAACCAUCCAACAAAAGUUCGGGGGUGCAGCUGCCCAGGCCAUGCCCUGUGGGGUACUUCUGUCCACCGGGCACCAGCUUCAGUACAGAACACCCGUGUCCAAGGGGCACCUUUGGACCAAAGCCGGGUGCCGCUCAUGAAUCUGACUGUGAGCCCUGCCCCGCAGGCAUGUAUUGCUCAGCUCCAGGUUUGACCCAGCCAUCUGGGUUUUGCCAUUCGGGCUAUUAUUGCACCAAGGGAGCCAUCACCCCAGCCCCCAUCAGACACCGGGUUGAGUCUGCUGGCCUUUCUCCUCCUGGAAAUGACAUCUGCCCUCCUGGGCAUUUCUGUCCCAAUGGUACCAGCUAUCCCAUUCCCUGCCCUCCUGGAUCCUACUCCUCUUCGCUGGGCCUGGCGGCAGAGGAUCAGUGUCAGCUCUGUCCAGCGGGGCGGUACUGCAGUCGGGCAGGCCUGUCCGAUCUGUCCCAGGCAUCGCUGUGUAGUGCAGGGUAA